AGCUACAACAUAUAUAAAAACCAAUUGAUUUGACCGGGACAGAUUUUCCAUAUGAUUAGUGCGGGGUUCUUUCAAUAGCUACAAUUUCCAUGGUCUUCUUCAUCUCAUUAAUGAUGUUAAACGUCUUGGCAAUUUAGAUUCAUUUUCCGCUUUUCCAUAUGAAAGUAAUAUGUCGAUUUUUAGGAAGUAUUGUAGAAAACCGGCUCUACCUCUUCAACAAUUUUGCAACAGAAUGACAGAGAUAAGACAUCACGGGCUACUCCAUAAUCUUAAUAACGAGUCAUCCAUUCGCGUAUCAAUGCCACGUAAUAAUGAUGAAAAUUGUCAUCAUUAUUCUAAAAUACAAUUUAAUGGAAUAUACCUAAGUACUGAUGUGCAAGACAAUUGCUGUAUUUUACUUGAUGGAUCGAUUUGUAUCGUCUUAAAUAUUGUCGCAGACAAUUUAUAUCGUUUGACUAUUAAACGAUUUUUAGAGGUAGAUAAUUUUUAUAACAUCGGCAUGAAAUCCUCAGCCUUUCAAAUAUAUAAAUGUGGCAGCGUUAGCAGCGAAGUCGUUCUUAUUAACUUGAAUGAAGUGAAAUCGAAAUGCUACAGAAUGCCUCUCUGGGAAAAUACAUCACUGGAUGACAGUGACAGUGAUGAAGAUGAUAUGGAAUCAUCAAAAUACAUUGUCGCAACUAUUAUACACACGGAAUAGAUGAAAAAUAUAUGGAUCGGCUAAAGCGCUUCGUUAAUAAACCCUCGCGGUAUUAAACGACGUCUUCGGAUGAAAGUCCAACAAAGCGAAGGAGGAGCACGGUAGUAGCUACUAUUGGAUCAGGGAUGAUCGACGAGGACUUCGAGGACAUCAGCAAGAUGCUGGAUGAGAAUCCUAUUUUAAAUAAUAAUACACACAUGGCACACUCACAUACACAACAUACACCACAACGCACGCGCAUACAUCGCCGAUCGUACUCCAACAGCAACACCCACACAAUACAGAAAAUUUUACACUUACUACUAAUUGUAACAAAUCAUAUUAUACUAAUAAUACUUUGCCUGAGUUACAGGAAACCGCAAGAACCUGGCCCAUGCAGCAACCAGACACACGCCAUCAUCAUCGUGAUGAAAAUGUAGGAUAUGGUGCCCAUUAUUCACAAGAAAUCACGCAAAAGAAAAAUACAGAGAAAAGGAAAGAAGAGGAUCGACUCGAUCGCGUGGAGGCCGAACUGAAAAGAAUGAAUGGACUAUUACAAAAAAUAUUAAAAUGCAUACAAGAUCGCCAUUUCGUAUCACAGAAGCCAGCUGAACUUCCCAUCUCAUCAAUACAACAGAUGGACGCAUUUGAAAACAUCGAUGAUAAUGAUUAUUCCGAUGUUGUAAAAUACUUCCAAUACAUCGGCGGCUUCCACUUAAAAGAAGCCGUAAAUCUCAUUAAUUGA